AUGGUCACAUACAUUUUACCAGGUCCAAAGGCCUUAUCCGAUUUCAGAACAGAAAAUUUGAUCCAGAAUAUCAACAAAUAUACAAAUAGUGCUUCUAUCAUCCUCGACGUUCGUUCAUGUUACAUUCAUUACGUUGAAACCAAGGAUUCUGAUAAAGAUUUGUCUCCUGGAAAAUACGAAUUAUUACAAACUUUAUUGAAAUAUGAUUCAGAAUUAGAUAUCAUCAAUGACUCAUCAUCCAAACAAUUAUUUGAUUUAGUGGCUAAGGAUAUCCCCGGUUCCACAUUAGGUCAAGAUACUUAUUUAAUUAGAAUCGUUCCAAGAUCAGGCACCAUCUCACCAUGGUCAUCGAAGGCCACCAAUAUCGCUCAUGUUUGUGGCCUAGCCCACGAUAUCACGCGAAUUGAAAGAGGUCUUGCCCUAUUAAUCAAAACAGUACCGAAUUUCCCCCUACUAGAAAAUUUAAAUGAUACUUCUCUAAAAUCUGUCUUUGAUAAGAUGACGCAGCAAUUGUAUCUUCAAGAACCACCAAUCUUAAAGGAUAUCUUUACUCACCAAGCUCCAAGACCAUUAAUUCAUGUACCAUUGACGUCAGAUCCAUCUUCACCUCCAAGGGACAUCUUACAAAAGGCAAACAGGAAUUUAGGUCUAGCAUUAGAUGAUGGCGAAAUGGAUUAUUUAAUCAACGCAUUCAAAGAGAUCAUCCACAGAGACCCCACAGAUGUAGAAUUAUUCAUGUUUGCUCAAGUGAAUUCAGAACAUUGUCGUCACAAGAUAUUCAAUGCUAAAUGGUCCAUCGAUGGUCAAGAGAAAGACCUAUCCUUAUUCCAAAUGAUUAGAAAUACUCAUAAUUUGAAUCCAGAAUUCACAAUCAGUGCCUAUUCAGAUAAUGCUGCUGUCAUAGAUACUGAAAAUGAUGCAAUAUUUUUUGCUCCUGAUUCUUGUACUAAACAUUGGAAAUCUAUUAAAGAAUCUGUAGCUAUGUUAAUCAAAGUGGAAACACAUAACCAUCCAACCGCAGUGUCUCCAUUCCCUGGUGCUGCCACUGGAUCAGGUGGUGAAAUUAGAGAUGAAGGUGCCACAGGGAGAGGCUCAAAAACUAAAUGUGGGUUAAGUGGGUUUUCAGUAAGUGAUCUUUUGAUUCCAAAUCACAAGCAACCAUGGGAAUUAGAUGUUGGUAGACCUGAUCAUAUUGCAUCCGCACUAGAUAUUAUGAUUGAAGCUCCAUUAGGAUCCGCUUCCUUCAAUAAUGAAUUUGGUAGACCUUGUAUUAAUGGUUAUUUUAGAACUUUGACUACAAGAGUGACAAACGCUACUGGUAAAGAAGAAAUUAGAGGGUUCCAUAAGCCAAUUAUGAUUGCCGGUGGAUUUGGUGCUAUCAGACCACAAUUUUCUUUGAAAAAUACUCCAAUCACUUCAGGCUCAUGUUUAAUUGUUUUAGGUGGUGAAUCAAUGUUAAUUGGGUUAGGAGGUGGUGCAGCUUCUUCUAUUUCUUCAGGUGAAGGUUCCGCUGAUUUAGAUUUUGCAUCUGUACAACGAGGUAAUCCUGAAAUGGAACGCCGUUGCCAACAAGUUAUCGAUGCUUGUGUGGCCCUCGGUGAUAGUAAUCCAAUCCAAUCCAUUCAUGACGUCGGCGCAGGUGGGUUAUCUAAUGCUUUACCAGAAUUAGUGCAUGAUAAUGAUUUAGGUGCUAAAUUUGAUAUUAGAAAAGUUUUAUCUUUAGAUCCAGGUAUGUCUCCAAUGGAAAUAUGGUGUAACGAAUCACAAGAACGUUAUGUCUUAGGUGUCUCAGUAAAUGAUUACCCCAUUUUUGAAAAGAUCUGUCAAAGAGAAAGAGCUCCAUAUGCUUUAGUUGGACACGCUACUGCGGAACAAAAAUUAAUUGUAGAAGAUUCAUUAUUGAAAACUACCCCAAUAGAUUUAGAAAUGUCAAUCUUAUUUGGUAAACCACCAAAAAUGUCAAGAUCCGCUAUCACUGAACCUUUAGCUUUAUCUGAUAUUGAUUUAUCUGUCAUCCCAUCAUUAUCUGAUGCUAUUGAAAGAGUUCUAUGUUUACCAUCUGUUGCUUCUAAAUCUUUCUUAAUUACAAUUGGUGAUAGAUCAGUUACUGGUUUAGUUGACAGAGACCAAUUUGUUGGUCCAUGGCAAGUUCCUGUUGCAGAUGUCGGUGUUACAGCCACAUCAUUAGGUGAUUCAGUUAUUUCCACUGGUGAGGCUAUGGCUAUGGGUGAAAGACCAGUAAAUGCAUUAAUUUCAGCUGCUGCUUCUGCCAAGUUGGCUGUUGCUGAAUCAUUGUUGAAUAUUUUAGCAGCUGAUGUGAAAUCAUUGAACCAUAUUAAAUUAUCUGCUAAUUGGAUGUCCCCUGCUUCUCAUCAAGGUGAAGGUUCCAAAUUAUAUGAAGCUGUUCAAGCAUUAGGUAUGGAUCUAUGUCCAGCAUUAGGUAUUUCUAUUCCAGUCGGUAAAGAUUCUAUGUCAAUGAAAAUGAAGUGGGAUGAUAAGGAAGUUACAGCUCCACUAUCUUUGAAUAUUACAGCAUUUGCUCCAGUCAAUAACACAAGUAAGACAUGGAUUCCAUUAUUGAAUAAGGAUUAUAAAGAUUCCCUUUUGGUCUUAGUUGAUUUAGCUACUCUAGUCAAACAUUCCCUAGGUGGUUCUGCAUUGCUACAAGUCUAUAAUGAAGUUGGGAACACCUCUCCAACAGUACAUGAUAAUGGUUUAUUAAAAUCUUUCCUAGAGUCAUUAUUAGAAUUACAUCAAACAGAUAUUGUCUUAGCUUACCAUGAUAGAUCCGAUGGUGGUUUGUUAGUUACUUUAUUAGAGAUGGCCUUCACGUCAAGAUGUGGGUUAAAUAUUAAUACCACUGCUACCGAUAAAAAUGCAAUUCUUUUAUCAUUAUUCAAUGAAGAACUAGGUUCUAUUUUCCAAGUUGCUGAAAGUAAAUUGGAUGAAUUCAAGAAAAUUUUAACUAGAAAUGGUAUUCCAGGUGAAUUCAUUAAAGUUGUUGCUAAACCAAAUUUCAACACUCAAGACAUAAGAAUUAUCAACGAACAAGGUGAAAUAAUUUAUGCUAAUACAAGAGCUCAAUUAGAGCAAAUCUGGGCUUCGACAUCAUACGAACUGCAAAAAUUGAGAGAUAAUCCAAAUACUGCUAUUGAAGAAUAUUCAACUAUCAAAGAUGAUCAAGAUCCAGGUUUACAUUUCUCUUUAACAUACAAUCCUGCAGAUGACUUACAAAUCGGCUCAUUAUUAUCCGCUAGUAGACCCAAAGUAGCUAUUCUAAGAGAACAGGGUGUUAAUGGACAAAUGGAAAUGGCAUGGUGUUUUGAACAAGCUGGUUUCACAUCAGUCGAUGUUACUAUGUCUGAUUUAAUAGAUGGAAGAUUCCAUUUAGAUGAAUUCGUUGGUCUUGCUGCUUGUGGUGGGUUUUCAUAUGGUGAUGUCCUAGGUGCUGGGGCAGGUUGGGCCAAAUCUGUUCUAUUCCAUGAAGGGGUACGUUCACAAUUUGUUAAAUUUUUCCAAGAAAGACAGGAUACAUUUGCCUUCGGUGCUUGUAAUGGUUGUCAAUUUUUAAGUCGAUUGAAAGAAAUAAUUCCUGGUUGUGAAAAUUGGCCAAUUUUUGAAAGAAAUGUCAGCGAACAAUAUGAAGCUCGUGUCUGUAUGGUUGAGAUACUUAAUACUAUCAAUGAAGGCAAAAAACAAGAAAAUGUUUUCUUAAAUGGUAUGGUCGGUUCUAAAUUACCUAUUGCCGUUGCUCAUGGUGAAGGUAAAGCUACAUUUACUAAUAAUAAACAGUUAGAACAAUUUGAAAAUAAUGGAUUAUGUGCCAUAAGAUAUAUUGACAAUUACGAUAAUGUUACUGAAAAAUUCCCAUUCAAUCCAAAUGGUUCAGCUAAUGGUAUAGCUGGUAUUAUGUCACCAAACGGUAGAGUAUUAGCUAUGAUGCCUCAUCCGGAAAGAGUCUGUAGAUUAGAAGCUAAUUCAUGGUAUCCAGCAGGUAAAUAUGACGAAUGGGAAGGCUAUGGUCCUUGGAUUAGAUUAUUCAGAUCCGCGAGAAAAUGGGUUAGUUGA